AUGUAUGGAGUUGGUAUCACUUUGAAUUCUUUAUACAUCAACCCCCGCCAGUUUGGAUUCCAAGGCAAGGGCUGAAGCGCGAGGGCUUGCCCAUUGGAGGUCUCUGCGCUGCUGCGGGUAUUCCUAGCACUGAGAAAGCUGCUGAAAUCAUCGAUGCACUUCGCGUCGCUGCUUCAAGUCUUCAUUUCCUUGUCAUUUUGCAGUGGACUGGCGGUCGUGCGGGUGGGCACCACUCCUGUGAGGACUUCCAUCAGCCUAUCAUAUGGUGCCAUUCGUCAGCAACACAACAUUUCGCUUAUGGCUGGUUCCCGGUUUCGGAGACGCUGAGAGUACAUGGCCGUAUAUCACUGGUGAUUGGUCCGUGGAAGGGUGUGGCGUCCAGCCAAUGUCUUUCGGUGGUAUUCUCUUCGCUUCGUGGGUUAUGAUAGCCAAAGAGGCGCACACAUCCGAUUCUGUUAAGGAGCUUAUUGUUAAGGCGGGAAGGGACGUACCAGAAGGAGACCGGUGGCAUCCUUACUGUGCAGUCCGAGCUCGGGGAGCCGAUUCACAAAAUUGCGACUUGUGCCCCUUGGUUUGCGCAGAAGAAAGAUGGGGAGGUCGUGAGGGAUCUUGGGGAUCUGACUAUGAGGAGACAGUCCUUCGGCCCGUUUGUCUGAUGUACAUCGAGCACCAGAAGAGGUGGAUCGACCUUACGCUUCGAAAUCCCCUUGGAGACCGGCUCCGUCGUGUCGAGGAGCGAUUCACGGGAGUCAAUGGCACGCCGAAAGAUCGAUUCUGCAAAGUUAUUCAUCGCUUGUUAAAGGAUACUUGUCGAUUGCCCAACGGCCUGGUCAGAAGCCAGUACCUUUCAUUCCUGAUCUCGAUGCUGGAUUCGAAGUCUGGUUCAAGAAGGACUCUCUUUGGGCAGCGGAAGACAUCUUCGAUCAAGAUCAUCGAU